AUGUUGAGCAUUGUUGGUUUGGAGGACACGCUCACAUGUUUGCGGCUGGCUUCAAGAAGACGACACGCUCGUUUGCUGCUGGCUUGCCAGACGUGCGUCGUUAAGCAGAACAAAGGCUCGUCAGGCAGGGGGGGCACCUGGCUGAAAGCUGCAAACAUGUCGUGCAGAGAUGGGUUAUGUACAGAGGACGAGGUGUUGGAUUUGAUGGCCUUGACUUCGCAUGCCCAGAAGCAUGGGCGGCACCCGCUCCACGUUGCAAGUGAGCGAAAAUGUGCGGCCUCCGCGUCACGGCACAGUCGAGAGCGACGUUCAGGUGGCGAUGUGGAAGACAGUGCUGACUCCUUGCAGGCCUUGUGGUCCCAGUGGGUCGCCAGAGCAACCGCCUCGUCACAUUGCGGCCUCCUCCACCUCGCCGCCCUCAGCGCCGCUGCCAAGCGGCUCUUCGAAUCCCUUGGCCUCCCGCAGGAAGAGGGCGCUUUGAAGCUGGCUACAGUGGAUUGUGGCCCUGCCCCGAGCCUUUGGGUCUUCGCGCGGCAGUCGGAUCAGACAGCGGCCAUCGAGAUCUCCGAGUCGCAGAGUCGACUGGAGGCAAACGAUGCUGAGUGCUGCUUCUUGAUCUUUGGCUUCGGUGGUCGCAUGAGGAGCCCGCCAUCGGAUCGUCCGGAUUUCGUGGUGAAUUGCAACUUGAUCCGCAGCACGGCGGCGCCUAGCGAUCAGUUCCAGAAGUGGACGCCCGAUGGCAUCCUAGACCUUCCUCGGAUGGGGAGCCCACCCUUUGGGGAAGGUUCCUACCCUAAAACGUCUUAUUGA